ACCUAUUCAUGUUGCAAUUUCAGGGUCAGGUAAAAAUAUUUAAAAGCUAUCGUAGUUGCAUUAUCAUAAAAUUUAGCCGUCGCGGACGCGUAUAAAUUAUUCAUAUCUUUUCUUUCGCCAUAGUGUGUACAAGAGUGCGCUAAACAUCGCUCAAAAGAUGUUUUACAAAAACAUUUUGAUAACUUUCUUUAAAUCAAGAACAUCUUAUUUACGGACAUAUAACGGUGUUGUUACGACUUUCGGUAAUUACAGAAGUGUGUUACCCUUAUCAACAACCAGACUCGCGUUAAAAGAUGAAAAGGUCAAAGUGACGUUUAACCUCUACGACGGAAGAAAAUUAGAGGCUGAAGGAAAAGUUGGUGACACCCUGCUAGACGUGGUCGUAAAUAAUGACCUCGAUAUAGACGGGUAUGGAGCGUGUGAGGGUACCGUGACGUGUUCCACUUGUCACGUUGUGUUUAAGCAGGAAGACUUCGACAGAUUAGCUGAAGAGGCGGGUGACGAAGAGAGAGAUAUGUUAGAUUUAGCGUAUGGAUUAACAGACACGUCGAGGUUAGGUUGCCAAGUAACCUUGACCAAAGAACUUGACGGUCUCGAGGUCAAAGUGCCAGAGAGCGUCAACGACGCCAGAAGCUGAUGACGUUCCACAUUUAGACUACUAAAUCAAUGACGCUGUAAAAAAUCUAGAUAAUAAUAAUACCGUUUUGGGCAAAUAAGUAUAAAAGCUAAAAAACAUAUGUAUUAGUGUCCAAUUUUUAUACAAGGUUUUAAGGGUUGGGUUAUCUAUCUAUUUACGCAGCUAAUAGUAUAUAUUUUUUUACGUUAGCAACACUAGGAGGUUUUCAAUACACGAUAAAAUAUCCAAUUAGAUAAAUAAUAGAGAUUAACUAAUAUUACCUCAAUUUAUGAUAUUUAUAAAGACAUUGUCAUUAAUUUAAAAAAAAAAAAAUAGAAAAAUUAUCUGUAUAGAUAAA